AUGGAAGAUGCUGAAAAUGAACUUGCUCUAUUGAAACAAGACAUUGAAUGCAUGCAGAACACUGCUAUAAAUCAUCCAAUAUUUGCUCAAAUCAGUGAGUGGGAACAAGAAUCAACGAACAAAAUUCAAAUUGCAUCAGACAUAGCCCGUGCUGAUCUUUUUCAGUUGCUUGCAGAGAAUGCCAACCGUCUUGAAUCUGACUUUAAUCGAAUUGCACAACAAAUUCAAUCCCAUCACAAUUCAGAUUAUUCUAAGGAUGAUUGCGAUCAACGGAUCGAUGAGAUAAAAACAUGUCGACAGAAUAUUUCCAAAACGUUACAAUCUGUGAAAUUGACAACUGAUCACAAAAUGAAAUCUAUUCAGUUAAUAAAAAUCACAGAAAGUGACAAUCAACAAGGUCCAGCGCACAACAAUGAUAUAACAAUAUCAAGUUCUUUAGACUCUGUCCCUUCGUCUGUUAUGGAUCUCUCUCAUGAUGUUGAUAAAAUCUUGAGUAAACGAUCUGAAUGCUUCGAGAAAAUAGCUGGUAACGCUGAACUCGACGAAAACUGUCUGGUCGCAAAGAAAACAGAUGUUCCUUCAGCAAGUAUUCGCGGAACAAUAUUGUAUUCGACGGGCACUCAUCAGAUUCGAUUUCGAGUCGAACACUUGAGUAACAAGAGUAUUUUUAUUGGAGUAACUCCAUCAACUGAGCAGAUGACAACAACUUCCUUCAAAUUACCCUCAAGUUUUGGUUGGUGGGACACAAAAUUUCCAGUUAUUAGAGGUAUUCAGGUUGAAAGUGGUUCUUUUUCAAUGCUUGCAGGUGAUGAAAUAUCAUUGACAAUCGCUUGCAAUGAAGCUAGACUUGUUUAUCAUAACAAGAGAAGUGGACUUCGUUCAAUGUCAGUGAAUCUUGACUUUUGCCCGCUUCCAUGGCAACUUCUCGUAGUUUUAGGUGCAGGUGAAAACAAAAUACGCAUUCUGCCAUGA